GCAAAAUGAAAUGAAUAAUUGAAACCCCGUAAAUUAACGUCUUGUCAGGCUCAACUUUUACAGAAGAAAAAAAAUAUGAUAUAUUUGUGAAAUGCGAAAUCUUCUCGGUCCACAUUUCUUGCAACUACAGACUAACAAUAUAACGAGAGCUAAGAUUUGUGAGUGUAGACUUGAGGCAUGGGGAGAUUGUUUGUUGUGAGCCUAGAGGGGAGGGUCUACAGCUGCAAACACUGCCGUACCCAUCUCGCUCUUUGUGAAGAUGUUGUUUCAAAGUCCUUUCAUAGCAGGCACGGGAAAGCUUAUCUCUUCAGUAAGGUAGCUAAUAUCUCUCUUGGAGAGAAAGAAGAUAGAAUGAUGAUGACUGGAUUGCACACUGUCGCCGAUAUUUUCUGCGUUGGCUGUGGAUCAAUUGUUGGGUGGAAAUAUGAGACUGCUCAUGAGAAGAACCAAAAGUACAAAGAAGGAAAAUCUGUACUUGAACGGGUCAAGAUUGCGGGUCCUGAUGGAAACAAUUAUUGGAUCAAUCAUGAGACACAGGUUGGUGGAAGUGAUGCAGAUGAUGCUUAAAUUCUCAUUCAUAAUCAUAUCCCAAUUGUACAUUCCUUAACCCCAAUUAUUGUUGUUUUUGUUUAAAUCAUGUGUUUCUUUAAACUGUGAGACUCCUAAUUUGGGGCAGCUCGCCCACUUGUUUGUCAAUAACAUAACUGAAAACAGUUCAUUGUUGAUUCUAAUCUAAUUUGUGUUCAAGUUUCCUGUGAUUAA